AUGAACGAUGCAGCAACCCUAGAGCAUGAGGUUCGAAGUCUGACGAAGCAGGCCUCGCACCUCAAAAGCACAAUUGACAAGAUCUCUGCACAACAAGCCGACGGUCAAAUCGGCCCAGCAACUACCAUACAUGACCAGCAGCGGCAGCUAGUUACAAAGCUUAAAAAGGUUCACCGCAUGUUAGAAGCAAAAAGCAAGAUCCUCAAGCGGCGACGUGCCGGUCAAGCCACCCCAGGAGCGUCUGUGGCUCAUGACGAUAGUGCUGGAUUGCUCAAGCACGCAGGCACCUCUGGCGAGACCUCAUCUCGAUCGUCAAAUGCCAGCCAAGAGUCAGCAGAUUCAGACGAGUUGAGCAGCAGACGCAAGCAGCAUGGAGAUGAAGGAGCUCCCGCACCAGCCUCUGUCGAGGUCGACACGCAAUCUGCAGCCUCCGAUCAGUCGUCCGCAGUGUCUCCUCCUGCUGUCCCAGCCACUGUCACGCAGCGAAGGGCUCCAUCUCCCGUCAACACUGAAGCUCCAAAUUCGAACAAUGCUCCGGCAGGACAAGGUCGCAGUCAACAAGCUCAACUACGUGCCCGCAACCGGCGAAUCAUCCAAAGCCUCGCUGAAGGCCAGCUUGCUGUGGAUGAUCCCCUGUAUUGGACCAUCGUUCGCGAAGGACGAUACCUCGUUGAGCUCCACUCUCCAGACUCUAUGUGUCAUGCAAACUGCCGCAAAAACGGUACUCAGCGACAGAACGGCGAGUCGACUCCAGUCACGACUUUCUUCAAGGGUACUAAAGGCCUGAAACGUCACGUCACCUCCACGCAUAAAUGGCAGGGAUGGGCGGGAAUUAGUGAGGCGGAGGUCGUCCGCCUUGGACACAAGAGGAGGUUGUCGGACGACGAGAUCGACGCCGUCUUCCACAGGCGGCAUGCGCAGUUCCAGGUGGAGGCCUGUCUACCGUACAAGGGCUGUACGUGCACCUUACAUCUUCCUCCAGACUCAAACUAA